GGAGUGUGUGAGUGAGGCGUGGUGGUACAACUGGCUGUGGAGUUAUUUUGCAUUUUAAGAUGAUCCCAAAUAUAGUAGAAAACUCAGAGGGCACAUUGAACCAUUUUUCAGCAAGGAAAUAAAUAGCACAGGCUGCCUUGGGAGAUGGAGGAGCAGAAGAAGUAAGAAAAGAUCUAAUCAACACUGAAAAAGCCUCGGUCACUGCUGUCAGAUACCUUAAGAAAAAGGCUAUGGCAAAGCGUUUAAAAGCUAAGCCCACCUCGGACAAGCCUGGGAGCCCCUAUCGCUCCGUCACCCAUCUUGACUCACUAGCACACAUAAACAUUCCCGGAGCUGACACACUGGACAAGCUGUUUGACCAUGCUUUGGCCAAGUUUGCCAAGAAGGACUGCCUUGGGACCAGAGAGAUCCUGAGUGAAGAGAACGAAAUGCAGCCAAAUGGAAAAGUGUUCAAAAAGUUAAUUUUAGGCACUUACAGAUGGUUAUCCUAUGAAGAAGUACAUGAGAAAAUGAAUCGUUUGGGGCGAGGAAUGACUGCCCUGGGACUAACCCCAAAGAGUACGGUUGUGAUAUUCUGUGAGACGCGAGCGGAAUGGAUGAUCGUGGCUCUGACCUGCUUCAAGUACAACUUCCCUCUCAUUACACUGUAUGCCACCCUGGGGGAAGAGGCAGUAACCUAUGGUCUCAAUGAGUGUGAAGCAGCAUACCUGGUCACCAGCUCAGAACUUCUUGAGAGCAAACUUAAGACUGCACUGCCACGAGUCUCCUGCCUCAAACACAUCAUUUAUGUGGACAACAAGAGUAUCAAUAAAGCAGAAUACCCUGAAACUCUGGAAAUUCACAGUAUGCAGACAGUAGAAGAGCUGGGAGCCAAACCAGAGAACUCAAGCAUCCUGCCAAGCAGACCUGCUCCUUCAGACUUGGCUUUAGUGAUGUACACCAGCGGCUCUACUGGGAGACCUAAAGGAGUGAUGAUGGUGCAUAAGAACUUAAUAGCCGGAAUGACAGGACAGUGCGAAAGAAUACCUGGACUAGGGUCCAAGGAUACUUACAUCGGUUAUUUGCCUCUGGCCCACGUGUUAGAACUGACAGCAGAAAUCUCCUGCAUCACUUACGGCUGCAGGAUCGGCUAUUCCUCUCCACUCACGCUGUCGGAUCAGUCGAGCAAAAUUAAGAAGGGAAGCAAAGGAGACUGCACCGUCCUCAGGCCUACACUGAUGGCAGCUGUGCCUGAAAUAAUGGACAGGAUUUAUAAAAAUGUCAUGAGUAAAGUGCAAGAGAUGAACUACAUUCAGAGAACUCUGUUCAAGAUAGGCUACGACUACAAACUGGAGCAAAUCAAGAGGGGAUACGAUGCACCUCUGUGUAAUGUGUUCCUGUUUAAAAAAGUAAAGGCACUGCUGGGAGGGAACAUCCGUAUGAUGCUCUCUGGAGGAGCACCCCUCUCACCUCAAACACAGAGAUUCAUGAACAUCUGUUUUUGCUGUCCUGUUGGUCAAGGCUAUGGACUAACAGAAACAUGCGGAGCUGGAACAAUUACAGAAGCUACUGAUUACAGCACUGGCAAAGUUGGAGCUCCUCUUAUUUGUUGUGAAAUAAAACUGAAAGACUGGCAAGAAGGGGGCUACACCAAUAAAGACAAGCCUAAUCCUAGAGGAGAAAUCGUAAUUGGUGGACCUAACGUCUCAAUGGGGUAUUUUAAAAACGAAGAGAAGACAACAGAAGACUUCUCUGUUGAUGAGAACGGUCAGAGAUGGUUCUGUACAGGAGAUAUAGGGGAAUUUCAUCCAGAUGGGUCUCUGCAGAUCAUAGAUCGUAAGAAAGACUUGGUAAAGCUACAAGCAGGAGAAUAUGUAUCUCUGGGCAAAGUAGAAGCAGCACUGAAGAACUGUCCAUUGAUUGACAAUAUCUGUGCUUAUGCCAAAAGUGACCAGUCGUACGUGAUCAGCUUUGUGGUUCCUAAUCAGAAGAGGCUGAUGGCAUUAGCGGAGCAGAAGGGUAUCAGUGGAAGCUGGGUAGAUAUCUGUAACAACCCUACAGUGGAAGCUGAAGUCCUGCGAGAGAUUAAAGAGGUGGCAAACAAGAUGAAAUUAGAGAGGUUUGAAAUACCCAUUAAAGUACGGUUAAGCCCUGAGCCAUGGACCCCAGAGACUGGGUUAGUAACAGAUGCCUUCAAGCUGAAAAGGAAAGAACUGAAAAACCAUUACCUCAACGACAUCGAACGAAUGUAUGGAGGCAAAUAAACAAGUUGUGUUGACCACGCUGUGCAGAUGGUUCCUUCUCAUGCCUCAGUUUUGAAUGUCUGUGUAUGCUGUAGAUAUCACACAUUCAGAAAAUAUACCAAAUGGAUUACUGUUUCUAUAAUCUGUAUAGAGUACAACAGAGAGUGUCUUAGACUCCAGAUUCGUAAUGAUUAGCAGAUUAGACACUGAUGGUCUUUGUAGAGUUUCAUGUGAUGAUCUCCAGUUUGGAGACAGACAUUAUGAUGUGAAGCAGUACGACCAGGUAAUUUUAUCACUGUGUUUCUCUAGCACAUUCAGACUGCUUACAACUUCUCCUUAAUACAUUCUGAAAUCUGGCCUAUAUUUCAAAGAGAAGAAUUAAUGUAAUGGUGCUGAUUCUUCUGUUCUAGUAAGCCACUUAGUGAGAGAGGAAAAGAGUAUUUAAGAUGUACCUUUCUCCAUGUAAAACUUAAAACACUAGUCAAGACAUUGCUAGGGAUCACUGAUAAUGUACUGCCUGAGAAUGGAUGGAUACUUCUGCACAUCAGUUAGCAUCCUGAACAUUUACAGUGCCUAAGAGAGAAUAUAAAGUACACUUACUGAAAUAAAGGUGAACUGAAAAGCUUUCUAAAAACAAGGUAUUUGAGAUUCCAAUUGAGAGUGUUGAAUUAACUCUUUCAGCUUCCAUCUCACCAAAUGGGGUUUUAUUUGCCACUGUAUUUUAAUUAAAACAAACAGAGCUUUCCACUAGGUCACAGAGCAUAAAAGAAGACAAAGCCAUGCACUGCCAUACAAGGGACUGAUGAGUAAUCAUCACCUGAAUGCAAACCUUGAUUCUCCACUGCCAAAGAGCAGUGAGAUUGCUGGGCUGUUGUCUCUAAGUGAAUUUGAAGCGCCAGUGAGUGUUUGGUUUGGGGUUUUUCUGAAGGGUGGUUGGUGGUUUUAAGGCACUGAUCCUCUAAAGCUUGACAUACAUGUGAGCAAUGGUACAGGUCACCUGUAUGUCAUUUAGAGGAUAAGGGUCUAAACAUUAAUAGUUGCUUUGGAAGGUAUUUCUGUUCACCUUUUAACUACAGUGAGUAUAACAAGGCAACAGAAACCAACAGUAGUUUCCCCCCAUAGUCUUGUUGUACUUACAGAAGAGUAGUCUGUGACCAGGGAACCUUUGUUUUAUGGAACUUGUAAAAGGGACAAAUCACUCUUGACAGAAAUUUGUUAUAAAAAUGUGCUGUUAUUAACUGGAAGUCAUAGAUGUGAAGAAGUGGGAAGAUACAACUUAAUCAUAGUUCAUCACUUUGUGUGCAGAAUCCUGUUCUGUUUCUUCUUUCGACUUGUAGCCAAGCUCCUGCACUCCUGCUACUCUUCACACUUGAACCAUAAGUGCUGUAAAAAGUGGAGGCUCUUGAUACUGUUCUACUUUGCACUUUCUUAAUCAUUUUAUAUAUGUUGCUUACAUUUUGUACAGCUGUGGCCCUCAAUUGCUAUAUAUUACAAAUUCAUUUUAAAGUAUUUAUAGAUUUCUAUUCAUAAUAUUUGUGUUGUGUAUAUGAUGGUAAAGAAAAUAUUUGGUAUUGUCACUGUACAGAAAGUAAAAGAUUUUGUACGAUGCAUCUCCUGAACACACUUGCAAUUCCAGGGCAAGUUUUUCCUUGAUUGCAUGUAUGUGGAUUUUUCCUUUUUCCAGUUCAAACAGAUUUGGCAAGAAUACAUCAUGGCUGUGUACUCAUGAACUAAACCAAUCCCUUCUCCUUGGGACCAGCUUCAAACUGCCCCGUGCAUAACCUUCUCUGGCCAGUCCAGAACACUGCCAGCUCCCCUUCCAAGAGUGCUAAGGGGAAAGGGAAAUGGAAACUGGCACAAGGCUGACUGUGUUUAGUUGUGCAUGGAACUCAACAGUCACUGAAAGGAAUGAGGAAAUAGCUUCUGUAAGAAAGAAAAUGGUUUUAAUAUACGUACAGAUAUGACAACAGCAAAUACUUCCCAUCUAAGGAGCAGCUUUUUGAAUGACUCGCUGAUGGAGCCACAUUAGCAGUUUUUCCAUGUUUCAAAUUGGUCACUAUUCAUCAUAGAAUCAUUACAUAGCCCUUAGUUGGCCUGUUAGCAUCACAAAAGUGAAAUACAUGUAAGAAACUUGCACUUGAGUAUGUCUGCAGGUUAUAUGGGUUUGGUUUUUAAGCCAUGAAUGUAUUUAUACGCAAUGUAUUUUAUCGGGACUGCAGGUAUGUUCUGUGUCUACACAUGUGCAAUGUUAACAUUCCAACAGUGGAAUACAAUUUCAAUGGUUCAAAAAGCUGUGUUCUGCAA